AUGUUCAUGUUUCGACCCUCCCUCAGGACCGCCACCUCCUCAAAACUGGCCCUGCCCAGAACCCUCUCUUCCCUCGCAACCCCUGCUCGUCCCCUCCUGAGGACCGCCGCUGCCAUGGGUCCUGCUAGGUCACAGGCACAGCGUCUGGGAAUGCUCAUGGCCAAAUCACAGCCUUGGGCAAAGCCCGCCACCGGAUCGCAGUUCCUCCGUCGCUGCUAUUCUGCCGAGGCUGCUCAGGAGGAGAUCUCAACGCCUGCCUUGACUGUCGAAGAUAUGAUGCCUGUCGAGAACAUUCGCAACAUUGCCAUCAUCGCUCACGUCGAUCAUGGAAAGACCUCAUUGGUGGACAAGCUGUUGGCCCAGUCUGGAGAGGCUCUCGGAUCGACCCGUGUCAUGGACUCAAACACAUUGGAGAAGGAGCGUGGAAUCACCAUUUUGUCCAAGGUCACCUCGGUCGCCUACACCAGCCCUGACUCUAAGGUCAUGAAGAUCAACAUUGUCGAUACUCCCGGACACGCAGAUUUUGGUGGCGAGGUCGAGCGUAUCUUGUCCAUGGUUGAUGGAGUUGCCUUGAUUGUCGAUGCCAGCGAGGGACCAAUGACCCAGACCAAGUUCGUCUUGAACAAGGCCCUUUCGCUCGGUCUUCGUCCCUUGGUCGUUCUCAACAAGGUUGAUCGCCCUACUUCCCGCGUAGACGAGGUUGACGGACUCUUGCUGGAUCUGUUCGGAUCUUUGGGCGCAACGGACGAGCAGAUGGACUACCCUAUCAUUUACGCCUCUGCCAAGGAGGGAUGGGCUACUCGCAGCAUGGAUGAUCCUCGGGAAAACAUGAAGCCUCUCUUUGAUAUGAUCGUCGAUCAUGUUCCCUACCCCAAGGUCGAUCGCUCGGAUGUCUUCAAGAUGCUGGUCACCCAGAUCGACAGCAACCCUUACCUCGGCAAGUGCUUCUUGGGCAAGAUCGCUGGAGGCACUUUGAAGAUCGGCGACAAAAUGCAGGCCUUGAACCCUGAAGGCAAGCAGACAGAGUCCGGACGUGUCACCAAGAUCUUUGUCCGUCGCGGCUUAGAGAUGAUUCCCGUUACUGAGGCUGGAGCAGGAGAUAUUGUUACUGUUACUGGUGUCGCUAAUGCCACUGUCAACUCGACCCUCUGUGACCUGACCGUUACCGAUCCCCUUCCCUCCAACCCUAUUGACCCCCCAACCAUCGCCAUGAAGUUCGCUGUCAACGACUCGCCCUACGCAGGAGAAGAGGGAAAGAACUUGACUUCCAACAUGAUCCGUGAGCGUUUGAUGAAGGAGGCUGAGACCAACGUUGCCCUGCAGGUCAUCGAGUCUGAGAACAAGGAGGCCUUUGAAGUCCGUGGACGCGGAGAGUUGCAGCUCGGAGUGUUGAUCGAGACCAUGCGUCGUGAGGGAUUCGAGCUCAGUGUGUCGCCACCCCGUGUGGUCUUCAAGGAGGAAAAGGGACAGCGUUUGGAACCCAUUGAGGAGGUCACCAUCGACGUCGGAAACCAGUACACGGGAACGGUCAUUGAAAAGUUGAGCAAGCGCAAGGCCGAGAUGAAGUCGUUCGAUGAGAACGGCGACAAGACUAGGAUCGUCUUUGAGUGCCCUACUCGUGGAUUGUUGGGUUACUCUGCAGAGUUCAAGAACGACACCAGUGGCGACGGUACCCUGAACCACACCUUCUUGGAAUAUGCUCCAUUCAAGGGUGGUCUUGAGAGAACUCGCAAGGGAAGUUUGGUCGCCAUGGGAUCGGUUGGAUCUGCAACGUCGUAUGCCCUCAACUUAAUCGAGCCCCGCGGAAAGCUGUUCAUCCGUGCUGGUGAGAAAGUCUAUGCAGGAAUGGUCAUUGGAGAGUCUUCACGUACUGGCGAUCUGGAGGUUAACCCUACCCGUGCCAAGCAGGUCACCAACAUCCGUACCGUUGCCAAGGAUGAGAACAUUGUCUUGCGUCCUCCUGUCGAGAUGAGUUUGGAGUCAAUGAUCUCGUACAUUGCUGAGGACGAGGUUCUGGAAAUUACCCAGGCCUCGCUCAGAAUCCGCAAGCGCGAGUUGGACGCCAGCAAGCGCCGCCAAAACUUGCGCAACAACAGGGACUAA